AAUGCUCCUUCAAAAGAAUGCAUAGUUUAGGCUGCUGUAGAACAAGUGAGAAACGCGAUCCUUUUCUUCUCCCACACCACCGCGGGUGAGCCGCGACCACUCUCCUCCUUCUCCAUCCAUCACCGCCGCCGCGAUUACUUUCAUUACUCUCCUCCUUCUUCAGUUUAGAGAGCUAUCUCCAUCUCUCUCCACAAACCCUAAUUGUUGUAACUUGUAAGUAGUCAAAAGCAACGCCGUAAUCACCUAUCGCCGCCGUGUUCUUUUCUUCUUCCCAAGUCCUUCAUUGCCUUCGGUAGAACAGCGCUUGAAGGAAGUAGAACAAACAAAUUCAACCAUGAAUCAACAACAAGUUGCGCUGCAAGAUAACAGUAAGAAAUCCAUUCCACCCUACAUGAAGGCAAUCUCUGGAUCCCUCGGAGGGGUUAUGGAGGCUGCUUGUCUGCAACCAAUUGAUGUCAUCAAGACCAGAUUGCAGCUUGAUAGGUCUGGGAAUUACAAGGGAAUUGCUCAUUGUGGUGCCACAAUUGUACGUUCAGAAGGUGUACGUGCUUUAUGGAAGGGUUUAACACCUUUUGCUACACAUUUGACUUUGAAGUAUACCCUUCGUAUGGGUUCAAAUGCAGUACUUCAGUCAGCAUUUAAGGAUUCUCAGACUGGGAAGAUUAGUAAUCAUGGCCGCCUUCUUUCUGGAUUCGGUGCUGGGGUUCUUGAGGCCGUUGUCAUUGUCACACCAUUUGAGGUGGUGAAGAUAAGAUUGCAGCAGCAGAAAGGGCUAAGCCAUGAGCUUUUGAAAUAUAGAGGUCCUGUGCAUUGUGCAGGAAUGAUCAUAAAGGAAGAAGGCCUUCGUGGGCUUUGGGCUGGUGUUACUCCUACUAUAAUGCGUAAUGGAACAAAUCAAUCUGUCAUGUUUACUGCCAAAAAUACUUUUGAUGUGCUUUUGUGGAAGAAAAAUGAAGGAGAUGGUAGAGUUCUUCUACCAUGGCAGUCGAUGAUUUCAGGAUUCCUUGCAGGGACGGCAGGUCCUAUUUGCACCGGUCCCUUCGAUGUAGUGAAAACAAGGUUGAUGGCUCAGGGUAGAGAGGGAGGUGAAGUGAAGUACAAGGGUAUGAUCCAUGCCAUCAGAACAAUAUAUGCAGAAGAAGGAGUUCUUGCAUUAUGGAAAGGCCUGUUACCUCGUCUCAUGCGAAUCCCACCUGGACAGGCCAUUAUGUGGGGUGUGGCUGAUCAAGUAAUUGGUUUGUAUGAGCGGAGAUAUCUUCAAACUCUCCAAACUUCAUGAUUGUAUUUGUAGGGUUAUUUUUUCUUUUUUACAUUACUUUUGCUUUCUCCAUAAAAGACCAAUUCCAUUGUAACCCCAUUAAAAUCAUCAUUUUAGCCUUCAAUAUUAUUCAUGGAUCUAAACACUAAACCCCGAACAAGAGCUUCAUGUCUUUGGGAAUUUCUAGCAUUUAGCUUAGAGAAGUGAUAAUAAUACUUGCCUGGCAAGCCCUAUUUGUGGAUCCAUGUUUGUAGUCAAAUUCAGAAUCUGAAAGGAGAGAAUGAGAUUGCAGUUGCAUUGUUGACAA